GUAGUUGAGUACUGGUACUCUACUAUUCGUCUGCUUGCUCGGGACCUCUGGUGUGGCUAUGCCAGCUACCGGCGAGGGUCCUGGCGCCGCACAGCCGGCGGCGGCGAGGAGGCCGAGCAGGUACGAAUCGCAGAAACGGCGUGACUGGCAGACGUUUGUGCGGUACCUGGCGGCGCACCGCCCACCGCUCGUGCUGCGCCGGUGCAGCGGCGCCCACGUACUCGAGUUCCUCCGCUAUCUCGACCGCUUCGGGAAGACCCGCGUCCACGCGCCGCCCUGCCCGUCCUACGGCGUACACGCGAUAACGGCGACGGCGCCGUGCCCGUGCCCGCUCCGCCAGGCUUGGGGCAGCCUCGACGCGCUCGUCGGCCGCCUACGCGCUGCCUUUGACGAGCGCUACAGCCGCAGCGUCAGCGCGCCGCCGCCGCAGCAGCAAGACGCCAGUUGCAACCCCUUCGCCGCACGCGCCGUCAGGCUAUACCUGCGUGACGUCCGCGAUGCGCAGUCCAGGGCGCGCGGCAUCUCCUACCACAAGAAGAAGAAGAAGCGCAAGCUUGCCACUGGAAGCUGCACCGUGGAGGCCUCGUCCUCCAAGAACGGCGGGUGCGCGGACGGCGUACGCGGGCACAACACUACGACGACGAUGAAGGCUAACGUGGCGCCGGUGCCUCAAGCACCGCCACCGCUGCCGCCUCUGCCGCCAAGCCUGGCCGGGGUACCGUUCGAGUGCGGCUCCGACACGGGAAGCAUCGUUGGAGGAGGAGGAGGGUCUACUGGCGCCGGCUGCUACGGCGGCAUAUACUUGCGGUUGUUCUUCAACGCAUUUAAUUAGCCUGUUGAUAGCUUAGCCUCAAAAUGCCUCGUAGUGCCCAAUUAGUGUUCGAGUAUAAUCGACGUACGGCGAGUGCGUCGUAACGUACCCUGUGUUACUUUGCUUAUUUUGUAGUUGUUCCGUUGGUCUACGUAGGCAUUUCGUGUAUAAUUCAGUGUACUCAUGACUCAUGAGAAUGAGAUCUA